AUACAAACGAACAGAACACGAUACAAUGUUUUGUUUUUUAUUCGGAUGGCGAAGAACCUCCAAGUGUAAGAGUGUGGUCAAACAGCUUCAGUGUCGUCUAAACCUACUCAAGAACAAGAAAUACGCUAUUUCUUCACAUUUACGUAACGACAUAGCUCAGUUACUACGUAUUGGUGAACGAGACCGUGCUCUUCAUCGUGCUCAACAACUCUUCCUUGAUGAGAAUCUAAUGUCUCUCUACCACUUGUUGCUUCACUUCUCCGACAUAAUCCUUCUCAACCUCUCUUACAUCCGGAGACGUAGAGACCUUCCUGAUGGCAUCAAUGAAGCUGUUUCAACACUUGUCUUUGCCUCUGCGAGAUGUGGAGACUUGCCUGAGCUACGAGCCUUAAGGGUACUUUUUGGCAAGCGUUAUGGGAAUCACUUUGUGGACACGGCUCUUAAUCUUCUGCCUGGUAAUUGUGUCAACCCUCAGGUUAUAGAGAAACUCUCCAUAAUCUCAGUAUCGGAUGAUGCCAAGUCCAAACUAUUAGGUGAAAUAGUGGAAGAGUAUAACCUUCGUCUAGAGGUGUUGGCAAUCGAAUACACUCCCGAAUUUCACAAACAGGUACUAAAAAGCGAGAAGGCAGAAGAAGAGAAAGAAGUCAUGAGUUCCAAUUCUGCUCAGCCGUACUGUUCAUCACAAAAGGCUGAGAGUGAAGCAGAAGUGUAUAAGUUUACUCUCACGGAUGCGGAUAUAGAGGAAAACCAAGAACAAGAAAGAAAAGUAUGUGAUGAGGAAGAUGAUUGCAUAGAGGAAGAAGUGGUGGAAGAAGAUCAGAGUGUAUUCAGAUUUAGAGAGAGUACUGAAGAUGAGAGAAAAGAGAGAAAGAGGUUAAGGAGGAAACCAAGAUCAACUUCAUCAUCAAGCAGUCCUAUCGCGAAAGACGUGGAUUGUUGGAGGUACUAUUACAAGGGAAAGAGAAGUCGUCAAAGGAAAGAGUGUGGUAAAUGUUGUUACCAUAUAGUGUACAACGUGUUUACAAUGUUGCCGGAUCAAAAGGAAAGCGAAGAAGGAGAAAGAAGUUUCAAAAAAGCUAUGCAUGUUCAUCCUAAGCUUCCCGAUUAUGAUCAGAUUGUUGCUCACUUCACUGCUCUUAGGAAACAACAACAACAAAAACAAAAGCAUAUGCGUUCAUGA